AUGCUCUCACGUGUUGCUGCAGUGAAGGCACCCCGCAAACACAACCGUCACCGCGUGACCGGAUCCAGCGGAAGGAGGAGGGAAGGAAGAGAGAGUGAGCGGCAGAGGCCCAACAUGUCUAGGCAUCUCUUCUAUUCUGCGGUGCUGAUCCUCCUUGUCGUGAUGAUGUGCUGCAACACUGGUGGGGCUGCGGCUGCUGAGGAACCAAGUCAGGGAGCUUCGUCGGGAAAAUAUUAUGUUUGGAGAGACGUGAAAGAUGGAGAAGAAACAGUGAGUUCGUUACGUGUUCCCAGUCUUUUGAAAGUGGAGAUUGAUGUGUUUGCCGUUGCCGAGGCGCAUUGCGCGAAGGAGGGUGAAGAAGGUUUUACUGGGAUUGCCUCGAAGCUCCUGGCGUUGACUGGUGAACAAACAAGCAAGGAGUUGGAUAAAACUAAACUGAAGACACAAGUACUGGAGGAAUGUCCCCCCGACGAUAAAGGCGUCUGCAGCAUAGCGGAUCAGGCUGAUUCCCAAAAAGUGAAGAAAGUACAUGUGGGCCGACCAACAACAGUUGUGCGGGGAAGUGAUAUUUACAUGCUUGCUGGAAAUUACAGUUGGACACUUACCGAUAAUGACCAGGCAGGUGGCUGGGGACUCAUGCUGGUGAAAGGGAACGUCAGUAAGAAGGAAGGAGAAAAUAACAGAAUUUAUUGGAAUGAUACUUACGUUAUCCCGUGGUAUUAUAAUGGCAAUCAAAAUGAACCCUUGAAAAGGCUGGUUGGUAGCGGUGGAUCGGGUGUUAAGAUGGAGGAUGGUACGCUUGUGUUUCCGCUGGAAGGCACCAAAAAGAAGACGAACCAGGAUGAUGGCAACGAAAAGGAUGGAAAGACUGUUUCGCUAAUCAUUCACUCCUUUGAGGAUAUUGCGGGUUGGGUGCUGCCGAAGGGGAUGUCUGACGAUGGCUGCAGUGAUCCCUCCGUCGUGGAGUGGGAGAAGGAAAAACUCAUGAUGAUGACUGCGUGUGAUGGUGGCCGCCGCAGGGUGUACGAGUCCGGUGACAAGGGGGAGUCGUGGACGGAGGCACUCGGGACACUCUCGCGCGUGUGGGGCAACAAACACGAGGGAAAUGAGAAGAGCGUUAGGAGCGGGUUCAUCACAGCGACUGUUGGAAAUGAUAAUAAAAAAGUGAUGCUCAUCACCCUGCCAGUGUAUGCCAAGAAAGCUGAGAAAGACAACGAGGAAAAGGGCGUACUCCAUCUUUGGCUGACGGACAAUACGCACAUUGUUGAUAUUGGGCCGGUAUCCAAGAAGGACCAUGACGUUGCCGCCAGCUCCCUGUUGUACAAAGGUGGAGAUAAUAAUAAUCAGGAGGAGUUGAUUGCACUGUACGAGAAGAUGAAGGACGAUGAGAAAGAAACAUCACCCGGUAUGGCCUCUGUGCCUCUGAAUAAGCAGCUGCAGCGGGUGAAGGAGGUGCUGGCGACGUGGAAGGAAGUGGACGAACGUGUCUCCAAGCUGUGUGCCACUUUACUUGCUCAGGAGGUUACGCCACCUGACAGUGCCUGCACUACUGUUAAGAUCACGGAUGGGCUGGUUGGCUUUUUGUCCGGCAACUUCUCUGAUAACACAUGGAUGGACGAGUACCUCGGGGUGAACGCCACAGUAAAUAAGAAUGAUGGGGCAACAGAGGCUUUUGAUGGCGUGAGGUUCCGGGGAGCGUGGGCGGAGUGGCCCGUUGGCAGUCAAGGGGAGAAUCAGCAGUACCACUUUUCGAACUACAACUUCACUCUUGUGGCGACGGUGUCCAUCGACGGUGUGCCGAAGGAAGAUACCCCCAUUCCAUUGUUGGGUGUGAAGAUGGAUGGCGAUGAGAAUCCUAUAUUGUUGGGACUGUCGUACGACAAGGAAAAAAAGAAGUGGCAGUUGCUGUGCGGUGGCGGACAGAACAAGGAGCAUAGCCGCGAUUGGGAUCCGGAGACAACGAAGAAAGACCACGUGGUAAUUUUGCUACGGAACGACAGCCAUUUCUCCGCGUACGUCGAUGGUCAGCGUGUGGGUGAUGUGCCGUGUGCAUUGGGAAAUACGGAUUCUAAAGUAAUCUCCCACUUCUACAUUGGAGGGGAUGGAGACAAGACACGGAAACAAGAAGACGUGUCUGUGACGGUGACGAACGUCCUGCUGUACAACCGCCCGUUGGAUGAAGCAAAGAUUGGCGCCUUCAACCCGAAUAAAGAUCCAAUUCAACUAUUUGAAGAGAAGCCGUCGGAGCAUUCAACAGUUUCUUCUGAUUCCAUUGUACCUCCCAGUCCUCCGGUGAUCGCAACUGCUCAGCAAACCGGAACUCCGUCCACUCCUGCCGGAACACAGCUGACGGAACAGGGACAGUCGAUGGGGAGCAGUAAAGGUGCGGGCAGUGGCGGUGCAUCCGCACCAGCGGUGUCCACUGUCAGUACUUCCUCAGCAGAAGAGGAGUCCGUAGUGCAGUCGGCUUCAGGAACAUCUCCCGAUGGAACUCAAACUGUGGGUGGCGGUUCUACUGCUGUUGGCGAGCCAACGAUGGAGACAAGAGAAGGAACGAAUGGGCAGGAGGAGCAGAUCCAUCCACAGGACAAGGACGUGAAUGCCACGGCGCUCAGCAGCAGCCUCGUAAAUGUGUCGCAGGGGAAUAACAGGGAUGCCGGCACUGUGCGUGGGAGCGGACUGCUGCCAUGGCUGCUGCUUCUCCUGUUGGGACUGUGGGGGUUUGCGGCUCUGUGA